AUGAAACGCGCAUUGUUGCUGCUGCUGGUUGGAGGCACCGCUUGGGCCAUAAACAUUAGAUACACAGGACUCAAGUGUCAAUCUGUGGAUACCACAUACUGCAUCAUCGAACACUGCGUCAUGAAGCCGAUGCGUCGUGGCGUGAAGCAAGUAACUGGCGUUGUCAAGCUGCUCAAGCUGCCAGUAUCAAACAUAAGCUUAACGCUGCAGCUGCAACGUCGUGGGCAGAGCAAGCAAAUCCUUUACAGCGUCAGCAUUGAUGGCUGCAAAUUUUGGGAUACCAAGCGACGCAAUCCCAUAGCCAAUGCGCUGUAUAAAUAUUUUCGCUUUGAUGCCUACACCAAUAUGAAUCACAGCUGUCCAUAUAAUCAUGAUAUUAUAUUCGAUAAUUUUCGCUUGGAUGAUACGCACAAUUGGCCGCUGCCUAUAAGUCCAGGCGACUAUGUUAUCAAUAGCUCUUGGUAUUCCUAUAAUGUGCUACGUGCUUUGGCUUAUAUCACAUUACAAGUUGAUUGA